AUGAUCGCGGCCGUUGCAUAUCUGAUAGUGGCAGGCCUUUCUGUCACUGUGGCACCCAUCGCAAACGCUGCUCCUGUCAAGGCGGAAGUUGAACUUCGUUUUGGGGAAUUCGCGCAGUUGCACAAGAUUUCUGACCGACACAUUGCUAGCUUCGAGAAGCAAGCUAUACAUCCCGCAGAGAUCUCGACCUAUGCCAUCAAACUUCAUGCCCAAAAUCAGAGCGCCAUCGAUGAGGCCAUUCUCCAACGUAGUGAUCCUGCCCACGAGUUGUACGGACAGUGGCUGUCUCUUGAGGAUGCGCAUGCAUUGACACAGAGCGACCCAAAUGGGGUCAAAGAGGUGCUCGAAUACCUCAAUAUGCAUGGCGUCGCCAGUGAAGCUGUGACACGUUCGUAUGGAGACAGGCAUAUGUCUUUCAAGGCGACAAAGGCUCAAGCCGACGCUAUUUUCGGGGCCGAUUUUGCCGUCUAUAACGUAGACGGACACGCAAGACGUGGAACUUCGGCGAUCAAAAUUCCCAAGUCGUUGCACAAAUACGUUUUCACCAGUGUUCCCGGAGUCGGAUUCGGAUUUAGCCAUACCCGCAAGCAGGGGUCGAAGCGCAAGCUUGAUAACGAGGAGGCCGCGCACGUCAAGGACCUCCACAAGACCAUGAUGGAAGACCUCGCGGCGCAGCCCCCCAGCCACAACAAUGACCCGAUUGCUAUUCAAGGGCAACCAGUCGGGGUGUCCAUGACCGGAUCCCUCAGUCAAUGUUGGAACUACUUUUUGCCCGCCUGUGUCCGUGCGCAGUAUCAUCUGCCCGCGGUGACAAGUCCUACAACCGGAACGUCUAUCGGAACACUAAACCUUCAACCUAAUUGCGCCGCCAAUUCGGACCUCCUGUCAGCGUGGGAACAGUUGUUCCCCAAUGUGUACAACUCGAACGCCAGCUACAUCCCUCCAUAUGUCCUGGUCCCGAUCGAUGGUGUAGAUCCCACCGGCUGCUCAUCCUCAGACACCGGCGAGCCAGACUUGGAUUUGCAGACAGUUGUCCCGCUCACCUAUCCUAUGAAAGUCAUUGAUUUUGAAGCUCCCGACGCCUCGGAUGAGUCACUCUAUGGAGCUGUCUCCGCCAUGGGAUCCAACGGUAUCCCAAAGGUAGAUGUUCUCUCCGUCUCCUACGGCGGGGAUGAGAGCUUUUACGUCAACUACUUUGAAUCCAACGACACGGCGGCGCAGUAUUUAGUCGCCCAGUGCCAAACGACCGAUGCCAUUGUUGCCAGCGGAACUACGCUUUUGGCGUCCUCUGGCGACUCUGGGGCUCAGAAUAUCGAGUUUCCUGCUCUUUGUCCGUACUGGGUCGCUGUGGGUGCCACGGAUCUCAAUAUCAAUGCGGGAGUGACUGCCCCGUCCUAUGCCGAGCAAGAAAACGAUGGCUGGGGCUACAGUGGUUCUGGAGGCUUCUCCACAUUGGGUCCUCCAUUCAAUGCUGCGCCUUCUUGGCAACAAAGCGCGGUAGCGUCUUACUCCACUCAUUACAAGGAUUACCUUUACAAGUCCCUGCAAAAUGCAGCUGCCACUCCGGACGUGUCCGCCAUGGGAAGAAACUACAUCAUUGUGACCGGUGGCGAUGUCUAUCAAUACGGUGGAACCUCGCUGUCGAGUCCCAUGUUCGCCUCGCUUCUUGCGAUGAUCAACUCCCACCGGGUUCAGAAUGGCGUCGGGCUGCUCGGGUUCCCUCUACCCGCUUUCUACGCUAAUCCGACCCUUUUCCGCGAC